AUGUUGUCUGAGAUAUACUAGACAGAAAUCAGUUACGAUUUCUUGCUCAAGUAAAUUGGAAGACUAAAUUAACAAUGCAAUAUGGAGAGGAUUCUAGUAUAGCUACAAAUAGUGAUUAAAAAAGCUGGGAGGAAUAUAUAAAUAGUGUCUAAACUCUUAUUAAAGUAAAAAAUGUAUGUCAAAACAAAUGAAAUAAGAGAAUAAAAAGAAUUAUGUCAUUUAAUAGUAAAACCUGUAAGUAAUGGAUCAUAUGCUAGAAGAAUAGAUCUUAAAUAGUUAGUAAUAAAAAGAACUUCUGUAAUAAUAAAAGGAAUAGGAGAAUAGUAACUUCUCUAAACUAUGCAAGAAUAUGAAGUUGAGGAUGAGAUUAAAAAAAAAUAAGCUCUAAUUGAAAGACUCAAUUACUUUAAAAUAAACGAAUAAGAAUAUUAAUUUAUAUUCUAUAGUGGAUAAUAUAACUAUAUUGAAGCUUACUAGUAGAAUGAAUUGGGAUAUAUUAGGCCUUGGCAAGUAAACAUGGAGAGGGUGAACCAUGGAUGGAUUAAGAAUCUUGUUUUUAAACCAAUGAAUAAAAUAAUUGAGACAUUAGCCCAAACAAGUAGUAAAGCAAUUAAACAGAGAAUGAGUUAAAUGCUAACAAUCGCUCUGAAAUCAAAAAUAAAAGAGAUCUAGGAAGAUGAAGAAAGAAUUAAAUAUUCAUGCUAAGAAAUAUUUAUUAGUUCAUUUGGAAAUCAAAUAUCUUAAACUUCCAUUAAUGAACCUUGGUGGUUUAAGGUACCUAAUGCAUAUGUGGAAGAAUAGUUUUUGGGAAAAAUAUUUAUAUAUUGGUGUAAUAUUCCUCCCUUCGACGCUAACCUUUAGAUUGCUGUUAGAGUACAUAUGUUAAGAUGGCCAAAAAAAGUUCAUGACUUAGUAACUAUCAACAAUCUAACUUACCCUCUAUUUAUCUAAUUUGUUUUUAGUCAUAGUGGUAGGUUCUUUAUGCUAUGGAACCAUUAUCCCGUUGUUUCAUUUAUUAAUUAUCAAUGGAACAGUAUUAGCUGCUUUGAACCUUUUUAUCAUGAUCAGAACUAUUUCUAUAAUUUACCCAACGGAGACUACGAUUAAUGCCCAUUUACAAAAUUCUUUUAGAAAUGCAAAUUUAGAUCUUCAAAGCCUCCUUUUAAUCUGGAUUUAGAUUUAAGACAUUAUCAGACUAAAUGUGUUGAUAGCAAUUAAUAAAAAACAAUUACAAUUUAAAAUUGA